CUGCGGGGCCCCUCCCGUCGGGGCGCGGGGCAGGCCGGGAAGCGGGCGGCCAUGGCGGGGUUGGAGCUGCUGUCGGAGCAGGGCUACCGCGUGGACGGGCGGCGCGCCGGCGAGCUCCGCCAGAUCCGCGCCCGCAUGGGGGUCUUCGCGCAGGCCGACGGCUCCGCCUACCUGGAGCAGGGCAACACCAAGGCGCUGGCCGUCGUCUACGGGCCCCACGAGAUGCGCGGCUCCCGGAGCAAGGCGCUGCCGGACCAGGCGCUGGUCAACUGCCAGUUCAGCAUGGCCACCUUCAGCACGGGCGAGCGCAAGCGGCGGCCCCACGGCGACCGCAAGUCCAGCGAGAUGACGCUGCACCUGAAGCAGACCUUCGAGGCCGCCAUCCUCACGCGCCUCUUCCCGCGCUCCCAGAUCGACAUCUACGUGCAGAUCUUGCAGGCGGACGGCGGCAACUACUGCGCCUCGGUCAACGCCGCCACCCUGGCCGUGAUCGACGCCGGGAUCCCGCUGCGGGAUUACGUCUGCGCCAGUUCGGCGGGCUUCGUGGAGGAGAGCGCGCUGGCCGACCUGAACUACGUGGAGGAGGCGGCCGGGGGGCCGCAGGUGGCGCUGGCGCUGCUGCCCAAGGCCGGCCAGAUCGCCCUGCUGGAGAUGAACGGCCGGCUGCACGAGGACCACCUGGAGCGCAUCGCCGAGGCCGCCCGCAAGGCCUGCCUGGACGUCCACGCCGUGCUCGACCAGGUGGUGCGCGAGCACCUGCGCCAAGGGGCCGCCCUGGCCGGGACCUGAGGGGCCGCCCCGGACUGCUCCUCUGUACCCCCCCCCACCCCUCAAAUAAACGUCUCCAACCAACAA